AUGUUUGGAGAUGAAAAGGGGAGUGAAAUAAAAGAUGAAAUGGUGACUUACAUGAAAACUAUGUUUGAAGAGUAUGUAGCAAAAUUCUCUAAUGCAUCUCGACGCUCAUCUUCUCUUUCUGAUUUAUCGGGUCAAAUAUCGGAUUCAUCUAUCUCUAACACUAGCACAAAAUCAACAAAAGUGAGAAAUAGGAUCCAAAUGAAGAGGAACAAACAAGAUGGUACAGGUUUGGGUGGUAAGUCGGAGUUGGAAAAGUAUCUUAGUGAAGAACUAGAGCCGAAUGAUGAUGACGAUAAUUUUGAUAUCUUGUCGUGGUGGAAAGCUUAUUCUCCAAGAUAUAAAAUUCUUUCCGAAAUGGCUCGUGAUGUGUUGACAAUUUCAAUUUCUAGUGUGGCAUCGGAAUGUGCCUUUAGCACCGAGGGCCGUAUUCUUGAUUCAUUUAGGAGUUCUUUGACUCCGAAAUUGGUGCAAGCUGGUGCAGCCGAGAUAAUCUUUAAGAUAUAUGACAGAUUUAUCGAUCUUAAUGGUGAAAUUAUUCAUUUGACAGAAAAUCGGACGAGAAAUAUCAUGGAUGUCAUUAAUGAAUUCACCAGCGAAGCCUUGCAUACUCUUUGCUUGGCUUACAAAGACAUUGAGGAUGGUUAUGAAAAAGAUAGUAUUCCUGAUAGUGGCUACACAUUGAUUGCUGUGGUCGGGAUUAAAGAUCCAGUUCGCCCUGGGGUUAAAAAUGCAGUAAAAACUUAUUUAGCUGCUGGAAUUACUGUGCGAAUGGUCACUAGUGAAAAUAUUAAGACAGCCAAAGCCAUUGCUAAAGAAUGCGGGAUACUAACUGCUGAUGGUUUUGCCAUUGAAGGCCCAGAAUUUCGCAACAGAACUUCUGAUGAAAUGAGGAAUAUAAUUCCUAGAAUUCAGGUGAUCGCUCGAUCAUCACCAAUGGACAAGCUUGUGUUUGUAAAUAAUCUAAGAGGUAUGUUUAACGAGAUUGUUGCAGUUACUGGUGAUGGCACAAAUGAUGCUCCUGCUCUCAACGAGGCAGAUAUUGGAUUUGCUAUGGGUAUUGUAGGCACAGAGGUCCAGAACUUGCCUAAGAGAAGGGAAGUGCCAACGUAA